AGUAACCUUUGCAGGGGGGCGGCUGCCGCAUCGCCGGAUGCAGCUAACCUUUACUACGUCAAACUGUCCCGUUAUACAGGCUGAACUUUGACGAAGAGGAUGGACGAAGGUUCGGAGUUAUCCCUGACCAUCGCUCAGAUCGUGCAGCGGCUGAAGGGAAGCCAUUUACACUCUCAGAUAGAGAGGCAAGCCAAAGAGUGUUUACACCAACCUGACAUUAAACUGGAGUCUCUUAAAGAGGACGUGCGCAGCUUUCUCAAAACAUCAGGCUGGGAGAGACAGCUACAGAAUGCAGUGUACAGAGAGCUACAUGUCCAGCUGCCCCCGAGCCAUCCUGCGGCUCCUGAAGAGCAUCUCAAAGAGCCGCUGGCCUACAUGCGCAAGGCACAGGCCAGCUGGGAGAAGCGUGUCCUCAAAAGCCUGAACAGCAUGAGUACAGAGCUCGGAGUGCCUCUGGCUCGAAUGAGGCCCGCAGCAGAGCAGAAGGAGCUCACCAACAAAUGGAACGAGAUGGGCACAGAUGAACCAGAUUUAACUCGCUUCAGGCCUGUGUAUGCCCCUAAAGACUUUCUGGAGGUGUUAAUCGGCUUGAGGAAUCCGAAUCAUGAUAGCAGCGAGGACAUCAGCGUCAGGAGCCACUGGGGUCUCAUCCAGGUCCCCCUUAAUGUCAGGGACAUCCCACAGCUGAGACAGGCGUACUCAGAGCUGAACCUGACCACUGGGCAGUUAGGGAUUGAUGACCACGCACACAUCCAUCCAGACCUGUUUGAAAACGAGUACGUUCAGGUCGGGAAAAAAGUGCUCUUGGAGCAGGACAGUGCAGCAGCGCAGCAGUACAGCAGACAGGGCUGCUCCACCGGACUGCGGGCGGACCUGUGGGCCCUCAUUCUUAAUGCUGCUAACCAGCCACAGGAUGUGAUGCACUAUGAACAGCUCACUGCUGGAGUUAUACAACAUGACCUGCUGGUGGACAACCUCAUCUAUAAGGAUGUGAAGCUCACCGCCAGCAACGAUGACUACUACUUUGUGUUUGAAGAUUUCCUCUAUCAGGUGUUACUGUGUUUCUCUAGAGACACCGCCGUCUUGGAUCACUUCAAAUACAACAGUGCUACUCCUCCCAAAUCCGUCAUCCAGGGGAAGGGAGGAGAUGAGGAGUGUGCUGUUGUUUAUCCGCCCAACGGCGUGAUCCCUUUUCAUGGGUUUUCAAUGUAUGUGGCACCUUUGUGUUUCUUAUACAACGAGCCAUCCAAGCUGUACAGUGUAUUCAGGGAAAUGUACAUCCGCUACUUCUUCAGGUUACACUCCAUCUCCUCCUCUCCCUCAGGUAUUGUGUCUUUGUGCCUGCAGUUUGAGCGGCUGCUCCAGACCUACCUGCCUCAGCUCUUCUACCACCUUCGACAGAUCGGGGCGCAGCCGUUGCGUAUCGCCUUUAAGUGGAUGGUGCGGGCCUUUUCUGGCUAUCUGUCUACUGAUCAGUUGCUUCUCCUCUGGGACCGAAUCCUGGGAUAUGAUUCACUGGAGAUAGUUGCAGUCCUAGCAGCCGCUGUGUUUGCCUUCCGCGCCGAGAACCUGAUGGAAGUGACAUCACUGGCCUCCGCCGAGGCUGUCCUCGCCGACCUUUCAACUCUGAAGGUCAUGCCGCUCAUCCAGAUCUUUCUAUUUGCCACCGCCAUUUGAGGAGCAUGGAACCCCCAAGGAUGAGUCGCGGUGCGUACUGUACAUACCACUCGGAGCAUAAAGAGACACUCCGAAAAUGCCACUUUGCAACGCCAUAACUGCACUGUUAACCGUCCAUCAAGAAACGCCAGGCUGCAGUGUGGGACGUCAAGACAAAAACCUACACAUGCAUCACACACUUCAUCCUGCACUAGCUGAAGCAAAAAGCCAAACCCCUCUUUAGCAUGUAUGCACCAUAAAUAGUGAAUCCCCGCUAUCAUGUGAUCAGAUAUUAUACAGUAUAUAAGUAUAGCCUACAAACCAGUAAGGUUAAGCUAACCUCACAAAGCCAUAUGCUCCGCAGGAAAGACGAUCCGCGCAGCAGUGCUGGGAUCAGCCGAGAGGCUUAUUAGGAGACGACUUUCAUGGAGCAGUGAUUGUGUUGCGGUAGCAGCGUGCAAAAGAGAACAACAGCAACAUCUCCGAGCUCGGCUAAUGAAGUGUUAAUUAGCUUUUGCAAUUUGCUGUGUAGCUCCUGCUUGUUGUAACACUGUAAGAUAAUGCUGUCGCUGACGGAUGAGGAGACUGGAAGCAUGAGCCAGUGUGUGGAGGGGAUCAGACAGAAGACACAAACUGGAUUCAUAUGUCACUUAUAUGAUUAGAAGCUGCUGUGUAUGCACAUAAUGUGUUGUAUUUAUUAGGACACUGUAUAUUACUCUGUUAAGGGAGAGCUGGCCACACACACAAAAGUACGUAUUGUUCUUCUUACUGUUGUGCUGUUUAUCAGUCUAGAUCGUUUUGGUGUGAGUUGCCGUAGAGAUGUCUGCUUUCUCUCUAAUGUAAAGGAAGUCGUUAGCACUCGGUUUGUGGUGAUCAGAGCUCCAAAAAAAUACAUGUGAGAAACUCAACAUCAAUGUCUCUUUACUGAAAUCAUGACCCGGUUACUCAAGAUAACCUUGUUGUGAGCAGUUUCAUGUGGGACAGGGAUUCUCAACUUGCUUUGCCCUUUUGCUUUUGCAACAUGAGAAGAGACCAGGGGCCAGUUAAUCAAUAAAUAUAAAUAAUAAUGGUUAGCACUGCUGCCUCACAGCAAGAGGGUUCCUGGUUCGAACCCAGGGGUG